AUGUUGGCAGUGCCGACGUCGACACGUGCUCGUGUCGCUCCUAACCAGCUUUUAGGGACUUGCUUCGACGAUGACUGGGUAGCUUCAAUUUCAAACAAUUUAUCAAUCUCCGCUACAGACCGUGAUUCUUUCGGCACGUUGGUAAACCCGUACCUGCACGGGGCUCUGAGCACUCCGCGUUUCCGUGUGGGCGACCAACGAACAGCACACGCUCGUGACCAAUUGUUUCAGUCAGAUUGUAUGCCUUCUGAUUCCGUCUUCUACGGUGUCGGUGCUCGCAUUGAUAGCGACGGCAAUAUCAUUGAGUCAGGACGUGUAAACGGCACUCUUGUGAUGGAAAUCGAUACUUGGAGCUCACAUUCACUCUCAACUUUAGUUGUGGCUAUCCUGGCACAGGAAUUGUUGGGUUAUGAGGUUUCUUUCUUCCAAGCUUCUGGGUCAGCAGACAUGACUCAACGCAUGUCUUCCGUUGGAACUGGCAUUUGCUCACCAACUCACGUUAACGUAGAAGUUUGGUUAGAUGCAGCAACCCAGCGCGCUCUUGCAGCCUAUUAUAACGAGUCUUCUUUCGUAGGGAGCGUUGGGUAUGACGGUCUUGCUGGGUUAUUCACUAGCACCUCUUUGAUCGAGGCUGGCCUCAGUGCAACGCCAGCAUAUAGCGCAGAUUUCUGGCGAGAUUAUCGCGAGAAAGACGCUCUGAUUCGCGAGCUACGCGCCUCAAUUCUCUUCAACAAUGCUGCUCAUUAUCCACCAAAAGAAUCAGGGUGUGCGGAUGAUGCAUUAGGCUGCAAAGACUCGUGCUCCAAGUCCGAAGCUUGUACAAAACGUGAAAGCAAUGGUGGUGAAUGUCUCGUAGUGAUUAUGAUGGACGCGUCCUACGAUGUUGGAUAUCUACAGGCCUCUCUAUCAAACAACGAUAUUCCAGCAUAUUUUUGCUUCCUUGGCAUCAGUGGAGCAGCAAAAUACGUAUCGGAAGCGCUAGCAAGCAACACGCCAGUAGCCUUUUACAAUUAUCAACCAGACGAAUUCUUCCAACGCCACUCUGGCCAGGUCGAGAGGGUAGCAUUGCCAUGGGCUACUCCUGAACGAACGGCAGUGAACACGGGUAGUUUUGGUGAGAACGGCUAUGGUGAACCUACAAGUAACCCUGUACGUGUCGAUUUCCCUCGAGUAUUACUUGGCAAGUAUCUCGCCAAGAUACUGACAUCAAAUGUUGGAGGCAUAGCCAGCCUCAUGAAUAUGUUAACGAUACAAGAAAAGGAUAUGGACAGCUUACUCAGUGGGUAUAACGACAUGCGUGAUGCUGGUGCUCUCUCGCAAACCGAGUCUUACUUUGCUGCAGCUUGUAAUUGGCUUCGUAAACCAAGGAACUAUCAUAUUUGGAGUCAGUGGCUGGACCCACUACCAGACUGUGAAUACGAUAUUCAUUUCAGCUUCACGUUGGAAGGAUGCGACUCCAGCAAAGAAGAAACUUUUCCUCGACGCGCGAAAUUCUACUGGAAAUCACCACGACCUGAUAAUAUCUCCCUACCUUAUACUUGCGACCCAUACCAUUUGCCAAACUCAGGACUACCUGACACGUUGGUCACUAGUCGUUCCUGUUCGUGGCUUGUUGAAAACACCAACACGUGGCUCAUUUGGGUAUCACUGGGUACGCAGCCGAUUUGUGAUACGAGUUUUUACACAUACGAUGUCUCGGAGUGUACGAGUUUUGGACACCGUGAGGUGACAUUCCGCUGGCUGCUCCCCGAUGCAAUGAAUGCCACGUUUUCAAGCGAGUGUACCGACGGUAAAGCUCUGCCAGACCCGGUACUUAUCGACUGCGAAUACGUCCCCUACAACACUGCAGCGUCCAAAGCGGUGUUUGUACUAGCCUGUUUGUUUGCAUGCGUCAUGCUGGGAUGCAUAGGCUUCGUGGUGUAUGAACGCGAGCAACCUAUCGUCAAGCGUUCACAGUAUCAGUUUCUUGUGACGAUGCUGCUUGGAGGAGUGCUCAUGUGCUACGCUACUGUUAUUUACAGUGGUGAGCCGUCUCGAAUAGUGUGUGCACUACGUCCAAUGUUGAUAUCAUGGGCUUUUACACUGAUCUUCGGCUCACUCGUGGUCAAAUCCAUGCGUGUGUACCGAGUAUUUCUAUCAAGCGCUAUGAAACGCGUGGUGUUGUCUGCUGGAACUAUGAUGAAAGUGCUCGUUGGGUUCUUGAUUGUGGACAUUGUGAUCUUAGUAUCUCGGCAGCUUGUAUCUCCAUCCAAUGCUAUUGUGAAGGCUGAAGCGGUCUCUGAAAUUGGCGGAUUAGUUGUGGAUCGCGUGCGGUGUGCAUCCAGUAGCUCGGUCUUUGUGGGACUUUUGUUCAUCUGGAAGGCAGUGAUGCUUUUCGGUGGGUUGUACUUGUCCAUUUUGAUCCGCAAAGUCUCGUCCGAUUUUCAGGAGUCUGUGUGGAUCUUUGCAUCCGCCUGUGUCGUGCUGUUUUCAAGCCUCCUACUGCUACCGAUGGGUUACUUUGUGACGCUCUCAGCCAUAGCAUUCUUCCUUUUCUUCUCCUUCAUCGUAUUGAGUGCCACUAUGCUUGUCAUGGGACUCAUGUUGGUACCCAAGAUGCUGCGGCUACAUGAUCUGGCUGCGAGUGGAGCGAGCGAGGUGUCAAAAACAGUGAGAGAAAAGCAGACCGCGUCGUCAGGCUCAGAAGACGACGCACAGGUAGCUCCACUACCACUGCGAUCGGGGGUCAGUGGAGGAAGCAGAACCAGCAGGAGCAGCAAGAAUAUUAAGAUGAGCAACAAUAGCAAGAGCACUAAAAGCACUAAAAGCGGCAAGAAGGACUCCAUCCGUGUCAGCCUCCGCGUUCCAACAACCAUCCGAAAGACCUCAGCCAGUGUGAGCGCUCUGAACUCCACACAGGUCACAACAUUCUCACCGACUCCUAUGGGGCCGAGACCUCCUUGGAAGUGGAAAAAGCCCGACGACACGACCAGUAGAGCCAAGUAA